AUGGCUUCGCGAUUUAUACCCUCACGCCGCACGGGCAUUGCGCUCGCUGUGGGCUGUCUUUUGUUCUCGGCACUUGCUGCCGCGAAUGCCCACCCUGGCGAUCUAUCCGUUGGUGAGAUCGAGGAGCAAUUGCAGAAUUGCCCACUUGUAGAAGCCCUCAAUGAGCAUAAACGAGCUACAGCUCCGCAAACUACAAGCCUUACUGCCCAGAUCUUCUCGGUUCUCUUCCCAGGGAGCCCCGCUGUGAAUUCUCUCCUGGCUACCCUCUAUAUCUCUGGUCCCCCCAACUUCCUUCUGGCACUAUGCCCCCCCAACAUUGAUCCUUCUUCCCUGUCAAUCAUGGUCGCCUUCGCGGUGGGAGGUCUCCUCGGCGACACCCUCUUCCACCUGCUCCCAGAAAUCUUUCUCGGCGAAGACUCCCCCGAUCACGUUAGCUUCGUCAUGGUCGAACCGAACAAGAACCUCCUUCUCGGCCUCGGUAUCAUGGUUGGCUUCUUCACCUUCGUUGCCAUGGAUAAAGCCUUGCGCAUCGCAACCGGCGGCGAAGGCGGCCAUGAUCAUUCUCACGCCCACACUCACACCGACUCACCCACUGCAUCCACCACUAGCUCCGCUACCAACGGUGACCACAGCGCCCUCAAGCAGCGUAAAUCGAGCAAGCCGGCCGCCGAUGCCCCCACUGUCGAUGCCACCCCGGAGAAGGAAAUCAAUCCAAGCGUUAAGCUGGGCGGUUACCUGAACCUGAUCGCCGACUUCACGCACAACAUCACCGACGGGCUCGCUCUGUCCUCGUCCUUCUACGCCUCACCCACCAUCGGUGCCACUACCACGGUGGCGGUCUUCUUCCACGAGAUCCCGCACGAGGUCGGCGACUUCGCGCUGCUGGUGCAGUCCGGCUUCUCCAAGCGCAAGGCCAUGGGAGCGCAGUUCGUCACCGCCGUCGGCGCCUUUCUCGGCACGCUGAUUGGAAUUGCGGUCCAAGAGUUCGGCGGUAACACGGUGGCCGACGACGGGGCUGUGGCCGGGCUGUGGGGCACUAGCUUGUCGUGGGGUGAUAUGCUGCUCCCGUUCACGGCGGGCACGUUCCUAUAUGUUGGUACUGUGGCGGUCAUUCCGGAGCUGCUGGAGACGGGGAAGAACAAGGGUGCGGAGGUGCGGAAGACGAUUGCGCAGUUCUUGGCUGUGGCAGUUGGAGCGGGAAUCAUGCUUGCGAUUUCUUGGGACUAA